GAAAACACACGCCCGGAAAAUAAUCACUUUCGAUUGGCCAGUUGUUCUGAGCGUUCGAUAGCAGAGAAACAAGCAGCAGCCGCUUUGGAUAUCUUCAACGGAAUCAAAGAGCAACUUUCAAGUUGCCCGGAACGCACCCGUGCCCUUUGCCGGACUGUAUGGGGUACCCUCUCGCUGUCCCUUAGCACUGCGCUCCAAGCGGCGACCAUCGAGGACGCCAUCGGCGGCGGAUCCGGAUCCCGGGGAUUACAGGAUCCAGGGGGAGGAGGCGGCGGAGGAGGAGGAGGCGGCUCCGUCUCCGGCUCGGUUUCGGGCUCUGGUCGCUUUGCCACCAUAAUGGGCGCCGUCAAAUCGCGAACCAUCACCAGCGCCGAUGUGGACGCCGAUGAGCAGCUGCAGCAUCACAAUCCGCAUGCGCACCACCACUCGAUGCGCAAUGGCCACCAGCACAACGGUUCCAUCUCCAGCGGCACGCUGCAGAAACAGGAUCUGCGCUACGACAUCGGCUGCAGCUCCCAGUACCAACAUGUCAGGCAGCCGAGCCUGCGGAGCCGGAGCCAGCAACCCAUGCCCACCACGGAUGAGCUGGACCGGCGAUUCGCCAAAGUGCUGGCUUCGAUGGACUUGCCACCGGAUAAAGCAAAGUUGCUGCGGAACUACGAUGACGAGAAGAAGUGGGACAUGAUAUGCGAUCAAGAAAUGGUGCAGGCAAAGGAUCCGCCCUCACAUUACUUGAGUAAACUGCGCACAUAUCUGGACCCAAAGGCAUCAAGGAGUCAUCGGCUUUAUCUCUUCUACUUUCUUUGUCAGAAACGGAAAAUGGUCGGCGAGUCCACGUCCACCCAGGUGCUCCGCGAUCUGGAGAUCUCGCUGCGCACGAACCACAUCGAGUGGGUGAAGGAGUUCCUGGAUGACACGAACCAGGGUCUGGACGCCCUGGUCGACUAUCUCAGCUUCCGACUGCAGAUGAUGCGGCACGAGCAGCGCCUUCAGGGUGUCUUGUGUGCCUCGGAGGAGCGUCUGAAUCUCACGAACGGCGGCGAUGGCGGCGAGAUAGUGAUGGGAAACAGUAGUUCUGUUAGUCCCGGUGGAGGUGGUGGUUUACUAUCCCAUGGAAACAGUACGGUACACGGUCUGGCCAAUGGCACACUGGACUCGAGGCAGCAGCACACAAUGUCCUAUGGAUUCCUACGACCUACCAUUGCCGAUGCUCUGGAUAGUCCUAGCUUGAAGCGAAGGUCACGACAUAUUGCCAAAUUAAACAUGGGUGCCGCCACGGACGACAUCCACGUGUCCAUUAUGUGCUUGCGAGCCAUCAUGAACAACAAAUAUGGGUUCAACAUGGUCAUCCAGCAUCGCGAGGCCAUCAACUGCAUUGCCUUGAGUCUUAUCCACAAAUCGCUGAGGACGAAAGCCCUGGUCCUGGAGCUGCUGGCAGCCAUCUGUCUGGUAAAGGGCGGACACGAGAUCAUUUUGGGUUCGUUCGAUAACUUCAAGGAUGUGUGCCAGGAGAAGCGACGCUUCCAAACGCUCAUGGAGUACUUUAUGAACUUCGAGGCCUUUAACAUAGAUUUUAUGGUUGCCUGCAUGCAGUUCAUGAACAUCGUUGUCCACUCGGUGGAGGACAUGAACUACAGGGUCCACUUGCAGUACGAGUUUACGGCCCUGGGCUUGGAUAAGUAUCUGGAGCGAAUUCGACUGACAGAAUCGGAGGAGCUGAAGGUGCAGAUAUCAGCCUAUUUGGACAACGUCUUCGAUGUGGCUGCCUUGAUGGAGGAUUCCGAGACCAAAACUUCAGCUUUGGAACGAGUCCAGGAGCUUGAGGAUCAACUUGAGCGAGAAAUAGAUCGUAACUCAGAGUUCCUCUAUAAGUAUGCGGAAUUAGAGUCCGAGAGUCUAACGCUGAAGACGGAACGCGAGCAGCUGGCUAUGACUCGGCAGAAGCUGGAAGAGGAACUUACAGUGAUGCAGCGGAUGCUGCAGCACAACGAGCAGGAACUGAAGAAGCGGGACACACUGCUGCACACAAAGAACAUGGAGCUGCAGACGCUUUCGCGUUCCCUGCCACGAUCCGCGUCCAGCGGCGAUGGUUCUCUGGCGAAUGGUGGCCUCAUGGCUGGUUCCACUUCGGUGGCAGCCUCUCUAACAUUGCCACCACCUCCGACGCCAAUACCCGCCUCGCCUACUGCAAGUUCAGCUGCUCCUCCACCACCUCCGCCGCCAGCACCACCGGCUCCACCACCACCGCCAAUGAUGCCGGGCUUCAGUCCGCUGGGCAGUCCGAGCGGCAGCCUAGCCUCGACAGCGCCAUCGCCGCCACAUGCCCCGCCCAUGCUAAGCUCCUUCCAACCACCACCGCCUCCAGUAGCCGGCUUUAUGCCCGCUCCCGAUGGCGCCAUGACCAUCAAACGCAAGGUGCCCACUAAAUACAAGUUGCCCACCUUGAACUGGAUAGCACUAAAGCCUAAUCAGGUACGUGGUACAAUAUUCAACGAGCUGGAUGACGAAAAGAUCUUUAAGCAAAUCGACUUCAAUGAGUUUGAGGAGCGAUUUAAGAUCGGCAUUGGCGGCGCUUUGCGCAAUGGUAGCAACGGAACCGAGGUUGAUGGGUCGCUGCAGUCCAGCAAACGCUUCAAGAGGCCCGACAAUGUCUCGCUGCUGGAGCACACGAGGUUAAGAAACAUUGCAAUCUCCCGUCGCAAGCUGGGUAUGCCCAUUGACGAUGUCAUCGCCGCCAUCCAUAGUCUGGACCUGAAGAAACUUUCCCUGGAGAACGUCGAGCUGCUGCAAAAAAUGGUGCCCACGGAUGCCGAGGUCAAAUCCUACAAGGAAUACAUCAUCGAACGCAAGGACCAGCAGCUACUCACCGAAGAAGACAAGUUUAUGCUGCAGUUGUCGCGUGUGGAGCGUAUCUCAUCCAAGCUAGCCAUUAUGAACUACAUGGGCAAUUUUGUCGACAGCGUUCAUCUCAUUAGUCCGCAAGUGCAAUCGAUAGCAGGAGCAUCGAAUUCCUUAAAACAAUCUCGAAAAUUCAAGGCGGUUUUGGAAAUUGUCCUGGCUUUCGGCAACUAUCUCAACAGCAACAAACGGGGACCAGCUUAUGGCUUUAAGCUGCAAUCGCUGGACACGCUGAUCGAUACAAAAUCCACAGACAAGCGAUCGUCGCUGCUUCACUAUAUUGUGGCCACCAUACGGGCCAAGUUCCCGGAGCUGCUGAACUUCGAGAGCGAGCUGUAUGGAACAGACAAGGCUGCAUCGGUGGCACUAGAGAAUGUGGUGGCCGAUGUUCAGGAGCUGGAAAAGGGCAUGGAUCUGGUGCGCAAGGAGGCCGAGCUGCGAGUGAAGGGUGCCCAAACGCAUAUCCUGCGGGACUUCCUGAACAACAGCGAGGACAAGCUGAAGAAGAUCAAGAGCGAUCUGCGGCAUGCACAGGAAGCGUUCAAGGAGUGCGUUGAGUACUUUGGCGACUCCUCGCGGAAUGCAGAUGCGGCUGCAUUUUUUGCGUUGAUCGUACGCUUCACAAGAGCGUUUAAGCAACACGAUCAGGAGAACGAGCAGCGUCUUCGCCUGGAAAAGGCCGCUGCGCUGGCCGCUUCUAAGAAAGAGAACGAUCAGGUGCUGAUGCGCAACAAGGUGAACCAGAAGAAGCAACAGUUGCCCUCAAACGGCGCAUUAUCCUUGCAGGAAGCUGUCAUAAACGAGCUGAAGAGCAAGGCGAACUCGGUGCGCGAGAAAAAGCUACUGCAGCAGGACGAGGUGUACAACGGAGCCCUGGAGGACAUCCUGCUUGGCCUGAAGAGCGAGCCGUACCGGCGGGCGGAUGCUGUGCGGCGAUCGCAGCGCCGGAGGAUCGACAAUAAUCGUUUGUCGCGCACCCUGGAGGAAAUGGAUUGUUAGGACGGAAAACGAAAUUGAGAUCGGCGCAAUCGACGCAAUGACGACGACGGGGCAAUGGCAACGAAUCGAAAAUCAAAAUUCACACUGAAACCUAAACAAAAAGAGAACAUUACAGAUACUGCAAUAUGUGAUUAGGCGAUUAAAUUGUUUUCGAGACACUCUUACACAUACACAAAUUCACAUUCCCUUCUAUGCGAAUCCUUUUCAAUAUAUUUUUAAGUAAAGUCGAAUAUUACCGUAUCCUGGAGUCCCGAUUCCAAACUGAACUUAUAUAGCGCAAGCACGACAUCCAUUCUGUGAAUCUCGCCUACAAUUUUGAGAAACAUUUUUAUCGCCAAAAUUUUGUUUUAAAAAACGCAUUUUAAUUUGAUUGCUUAGAGUUUAAGUUGAACUUGAAAAUUCGAAUGGUGUAUUUAUCAAAUCUUUUAUUGUUAAAUAAUGAUUUAACUUAACUGUGUACAUACAUAUACCUACAUAUAUAUCAAAUUAUAUAUGUGCUAUUUAAUUAUAUUUUUUAAACUUACGUUUUAACCAAAUACGAAAUACUUGCUGCAUCCAUCCGAGAUGGCAAAUCUGCAUGAAUAUGGAGAGCCUUCGUAACUCCGAAUUUUAAUUAAUUUUAUCAAAUUAGUAAGUCAAAUAAGCAUUGAAUUGUAUGAGAAGAGAGUAAAACGCAUUAAACUUUUGUAUAUUUUUCUAUUUAAUCGAUUAUUUAUGUUGUUAUUUUUUCACUCCGCACACAGCCAGCUACGAAAGUCCAAACGAACGCCAAAAUAUUGCAUGCCAGAAGAAAUGAUUUUUAGAAUAUUUUACACUCAAUGAACUACACAUUUUAUAAAAUUUUAUUAAAAUUUUUAUACAAAGGAUAUAUUAAACUAUAUUAAAAUAUAUUCCAUUUAUAUGCCAAUUUAUUCUCACGAACAACAACAAAUUGACGAAGACUGAUAUGAAGCAGUUUACUAUAAAGCAGCAGAACAUUACACGCAAAUUAAAGUGAAAAGCUUUUGUAAUCUCUUUUGGAUAGUGUCUUCUCGCUAUAUAUAGAUACUUAGAUAUAUAUUUAAAAAAUGCAAUAACGAAUUUAGUUGAACUAUAAGCACAGUUUUAUUGUAUUUAAAUAUUUACAAGUGCCAUCGGCAUCCUUAUGCAUAUCCUUUCAAUAUCUUCUGCUUAAUUUGCCAAAAUAAGGAAAUAGCGCAAGAGGAUAUAAGUUCGCAGCGUUUUAAUGCAAACAUACACGAUUAGCACGCGCUGCAUUGUUAGUUCUUAAAUAUUGUGUUAUUUAAUUUGAUAAGACGCCAGCAUGGUAUACGAGGAGCGAAAGAGAAGGGAAAUCGAUAUAUUAAAUAUAAAAUGCCGGAUCUUUUGUACACAUUUACACACGACUAUAUUGAACACUCGAACUAUUUUAAAUAAAAUAUUAUUAACCCAAUAAACUA